CUCCUCGCUGCCCCGCCCCCCGCAAGAUGGCGGCGCCCAGGGCUGGGAGUGGGGAGCGCGCGGCGCGGUAGGAGCAGACCCUCUUGUGGUGCCAGCGGUGGGAGCCGGACGCCAGCAAACCCCCCCCCAGGCUGAGUGCUCAGCGCGGACCCAGCAUCUGGUAACGCCUGGACCCCCCAGACCUAGGGGACGUGGCCGAGGCGCCUGCUCUCUGGCCCUGCACCGCCCCAGCCAUGGCUGAAGGGGGCGCCGGGGGCAAUCGGCCACCGCGUGAGCAUCCGCAGAACCUGCAGGGGCUGCUGCAAAUGGCCAUCACGGCUGGCAACGCCGAGCCCAGCCAGCUGGAGCCCAUGUCUGACGAGCGGCGGCAGUGGUUGCAGGGGGCCAUGGCCCAGGCGUUCAGGGGGCAGCUGGAGGAGGUGGAGCAGAUGAAGGAGUGUUUGCGGGUGCUGGAGGCCGUGUCCCCUGGAGGGGACGGCGGAGAGACCUCGGAGCCAGCCGAGGGGGACCCCUCCCGCCAGGCCAGUGCGCUGGAGCUGCUGGCUGAGCUGUGCGAGAACUUGGACAACGCUGCAGAUUUCUGCAAGCUCGAUGGGAUGCGGCUGCUGGCUCAUCGCUACCUGGAGCACCCCAUCCCGGAGCUGCGCUGGCGCGCCGCCCACCUCGUGGGCACCUGCGCCCAGAACGUGCCCAAGGUGCAGGAGCAGGCCCUGGCGCUGGGCUGCAUGCGCAAGCUGCUGCGGCUGCUGGACCACGACGGGGCCGACGCGGUGCGCAUCAAGGCACUCUUUGCCAUCUCCUGCCUGGUGCGCGCCCAGGAGGGGGGCCUGCAGCAGUUCCUGCGGCUGGACGGCUUCUCGGUGCUGAUGCGUGCCAUGCAGAGCCCUGUGGAGAAGCUCAAGGUCAAAUCCGCCUUCCUGCUGCAGAACCUGCUGCUGGACCACCCGGAGCACAAAGAGACCCUGUGCUCCAUGGGGAUGGUGCAGCAGCUGGUGGCUCUGAUCCGCUCUGAGCACAGCCCCUUCCAUGAACACGUCCUGGGGGCCCUCUGCAGCCUGGUGACAGAUUUCCCCCAGGGGAUGCGGGAGUGCCGGGAGCCACAGCUGGCGCUGGAGGAGCUGCUGCGGGAGCGCUGCCAGCUGCUGCAGCAGCAGGAGGAGUUCCAGGAGGAGCUAGAGUUCUGCGAGCGGCUCCAGCGCGUCUGCUUUCAGACGCCCCCCGAGGACAGCAGCAUGGAUCGAUGAGUGCCCCCAUUGCCCCCCGGAUCUGUGACUGGCCCCGGUGUGUCCGCCCCCCCUCCCCCGGAUCAGUGACUUCCCUGAGGUGACCACUCCUCAGAAUGGUGGUUUUCUCCUGGCCUUUUCUGUUUUCUCCUGUGGUGGCUUUUCUGAGGGACCCCUGGCUGCCUGCCCCCCUCCCCCCACAUGGGGCUGGGGAGAGGGGCUGGAGCCACCCCAGAGAGAAGGCCUCGGCUGGAUCAGAACCAGGAGCCUCUGGUCCCCAUUUGUUCUGUGUAGAUCCUGCAAGAGACACCCCCUCCUCCCCUCCACUUGAGUUGUAAUGGUGAAUUCAGGGAGUGAGGGGUUAAACUGAGAACACUUCUCCUCCAGUGAGGUCUCUAGGUCUCUAGGGGGCUCCGCCAGAGCAGGGGACUGGCUGGCUGUGGGGGGGUAGGGAAUGGGGUACAGGGCCUUUCCUUCUGGGGUGUGCUGGACCUGAUCGGGAUCCACCUGAGCGUGUGGGGGUGCUGUCUGACUUGGGAGACCAGAGGAUAGGUGCUAUGCCCAUUGCUGUCACAUGCUCCCCAUGUGGGGGGGGGAAAUCUAAGGGCAGGGUGGGGGUUGAGCUGGGGGGGUGCAGCUUGGGGCUCUCCUGCUCUGCCUGUUCCUGUGUUCUUGUUGCCAAUGGUUUUCUAAUAAAAGUUCUGCAUUGGGUGGAUCCUUUUCUGUUUCCUGGGGGAUGCCAGGGCCUCUGGGUGGGGACGGGGGGAGGGGUGUCAUGGGAGGAGCUGGGACCUAGGCAAAGGGGUGGGAGGUUGUGGAAUGGGGCACGUGGCCUUUCUCCUCUAGGGGGUCCAUCCUGGCCCCAGGGCAGGGACUGGCUGGCUCAGGGGGGCAGGGAUUGGGGCCGGGUCCUUUCCCCCUAGGGGUGUUCUAGCUGAUGAGGUUAUAGAGAUAUCAUACCCACAGCAAUUAGGCCAAAGUGCUGACGGUGCAAUGAUGAUGUCAAACAUCUAGCUGAUGAUGCCGCGCAGAGCAAUGAUGUCAGUGACUCUGAGUUCCGCUGUCACCCCAUGACAACGUGCCCUGCAGUGUGAUGUCACACAUUUGGAGAGAUGACAUCACAUGCUGGGUGGUGAGGUCACAGCAGGGGAUGAGGUCACCCCUUGGGAGUGGUUGACUCAGGGUGAUGCUGUCACACAGUGAGGAACGUGCCCCAGCAGUGGGUGGCACACACUGAUGAUGUCAGACGUGUGGAGAUGAUGUCAUGUUGAGCGGUGCUGGCGCUCAGCUAUGUCACACAGUGUGAUGAUGUCACAGACCCAGGCUUGGUUACCUAGAUAUGCAGAUUUCUGCUAAGCACCGCAACGUUCC